CCCGCGGAAAGCGGGGGGGCGGGGGAGGAGAAUUGUGGCACGACAAGGCAACAAAUCCGACAACAAAAGGAAGCAAGGGACUUACGCAAAGCUGUCUUAUGUUGCCCACAACAUUUUAGGCAUAUUGUUUAAUAUAAACCUGUUUUUGCUUACUUGGCUCGGAAGCGGUAUCGAUAAAGAUGGUGUAAUCAAACGAGGAGCUUGGCGUGAGCCCCCACUGGUGGCUGGAGUCGUUUUGGGACGUGCGGGGCUCAGGGAAACGAUGCACCGUGGGGAUAAGGACUUACAGACAUCAGCACGUAAGAUGGGUACGUCCUUGCUUUUCCAGCUGUCAGCCUAUGAACGCGAGUUGGAUUUGGUGUUUUUGGACCACAGCUAUGCCAAACCAUGGAAUGCUCACCCAGAUGCCAGCAGCGCUCGGCCCACGAGAACGCUGUUUGUAACCCUGCGCCGUCAAGCUGAGACAUUGUCAGACUCAGAAUCCUUAAUAGAUGUGGAAACGGUCACACCAUCACCUGUUCCUCUGUAUGACAACCAGAAGGCUCUAAGUGUGAUGAAGGAGUGCGAGAGGCAUGUCCUGUUUGCUCGAACAGCUGCUGACGGCCCCCCGCCCCCAGACGACUGGGAGGAACAUAUAAACAAGACGGGGUGGUCAGUGACCCAGAACAAAUUGUUCAACAAAGUCCUUAAAGCUCUACAAGUGGAAAGACUAGCACGUUUGGCCAAUGAAAAUGCCUCAAAUGAGCCAAUUCUGCGAAGGAUAGCUGUAGACAAGUGUGCCAGGAAGGUACGACACGCACUCGCCAGCGUAAACUGGGAAACCAAGCUGACGCAGUGGUUACACACCACGAUGAUCGAGUCUUUAAGCCUUCCUAUGCUUGCUGCUUACUUGGAUGUGCUACAGACUUUAAAAAGCAAGCUGCCAACGCUGAUCGACAGAAUGCUACUGCCGUCUGCAAAGACUGGAGCUCCUAGUGCAGAGGCCUUGUCCCUGCUUUUGAAGCGUCCUUGGGAUCCUGCGGUGGGAGUUCUGUCACAGAACAAACCGUGCAAGCUUCCUGGGUCUCCUCUGAUUCUUAUCGCGCCAUCAAGCCCAACAAAUCCCGCCCUCUCCACCUCGCGGCGAAUCAGAUUUUGGCAGUCGCAGCUCUCCUGCUUGGGAAAGGUCAUCCCAGUGCACACCCAUGUGAACAGUGGGGCCAAUAUUGCAAUCACACAGUGUUUGGAGCACAUGCUGGGGACCGUCAGGGCCAAAGUCAUGGAGGUUCACAGUCACUUCCCCCACAAGCCCAUUAUCCUGGUGGGCUGGAACGCUGGUGCGCUUAUCGCUUGUCAUGUGUCUCUUAUGGAGUAUCUGACAGCUGUGGUGUGUCUCGGCUUUCCGCUCCUAACGGUCAAUGGGCCCAGAGGGGAUGUGGACGACCCACUGCUGGAUAUGAAGACCCCUGUGUUGUUUGUGGUUGGACAGAAUGCUCUCCAGUGCACCACAGACGGCAUGGAGGAGUUCAGAGAAAAGCUGAGGGCAGACAACAGCUUGGUGGUAGUCGGAGGAGCAGAUGACAACCUCAGAAUCAAUUCGGCAAAGAUGAAGUCAGAAGGACUGACGCAAACAAUGGUAGACCGGUGCAUUCAGGAUGAGAUAGCUGACUUUUUGUCAGGGGUCCUCACUCGGGCAGAGGGCCACAGUCACAGCUCCGGAGAGAUGAGAGACCUGGACACAGAGAAGAAGAAAAGGCCUCGACGGGAGCUUCCCUUUGACGUGGAGAGAGGCCGACCUUCAUCUCCUGCACUCAGAGUGCCCAUUUCACCCUCAGGUUCAGAGGAUUUGUCCAGUGUCUGUAGCAGCCCCACUUCCAGUCCCAAGCCUAAAACGUCCGGUCUGUCUCCGGCACAAAAGUCCAGUCUGAUCACGGCUACACAGCUCCUCAAGACACACAUGCAGCGCUCUGGCACAGUGCUCACUCACAAGCAGGCUCAAGCUCAGUUUGCUGCUUUUAUGAAACAAAACAUGCUUGUGAGGAAAAAUCUUCCUCCUGGCACUCCUCCGUGUAUUUUUGUUCCAGUGACCAGUGAGCAGAUCGAAGGCCUGGACAGAGAUGAACUACGUCCUCACGGCAAGAGGAGGCAGACACCCAGUCCCACACCCAGUAAAGCAUCCAAGAGAGCAAAGAUUAAAGUUACCAUUGUUUCCCAAAGUGACUCAGCAGGAGGCUCUAUCAACCCUGCUGAAGUGGGUGUCUCUGGCAAGCCUUUAACUGUGGCAGUGGGACAGACUGUGCCUGGUGCCAAGGAGCUCUCUGGACUUCUCACAGGCCAGCGGUCUGGUAGUCUCUCAGAGGUGUCUGGUGCCCUGUCCCCAGGCUCCAGCUCAUUCAGCAGCAGCGUGCAGCCUUGCAUGGUGUCAGUGUCCUCCACACCAGCCCAGGUGCAAGCUCCAGCUACUGCCCAAGCACCUUCCGCCAGCAGUCUUCUGCAAGGCCUAAGUUUCAGUCUGCAGGAGAUCGUUACCAAAGCUCCUAACUUUCCCUCUACAGCGACAAGCGCAGGCAGCACUCAGGCAGUUUGGGGAAAAUCCCAGGAUGCUGUCCUGAGCUCCGUCGGUACCAGCGGCAGCACUCUGCUCCGGGCAGUGCCUGUGGUCACAGCAGGAGGCGUAUCUAAAACCACCGCCAUCCAUCAGCUGCUCACCAACGGCGGGUUGGCCAAACUGGCAAGCAGCUUGCCCGGCUUGGCACACAUCACCAAUCAGACCGCUGGUGGGCUGAAAGCCCCAGCUUCUAUAACGGUGACCCUUCGAGGAGCAAAGCCAAGUAGCACAGCAUCAGCCAAACAGCAAUGAACAUCUUGGCUCACUGUGGAGAUACGUCUGAUGAAAGAUGAAGUAUCGGACACUGACAACCUGCUGAUGAGACUGUUCUCUGCCUGCAAUGAUGGACUCCACAUCAUGUCAAAAAAAGCUCCCUCACAUCCUCCAGGGCGGUGUCCCGUUGAGAUAGCAGGAGACGCUUGGAAGUCAGGAUUGCUGUAGUUGCAUCCGGGCUACUACAAGAUCUCCUCGUUCUACUUUAAGAGCGCAUUUAUUUUGAAAGCAAAAUAACAUGUUAUUUUCCUCUCUGGAGGAAAUUGUGAGCAUAAGCCACAAACUACCUGCACUGUGAUAAAUUAGCUUUGACAAAGCCUAUUUUCAAAAGAAAGGAAGCUUAAAUGAUACAUUGACCUUUUAUGCACUUGUCUCCUCGAUGAAAUCCAAGAUUUGCUGAAGCCUAGAUUAUUGUUCUUCACGGCUUGCUGUGGAUGGUUUGAAUGCCACAGCUGAAUGUUUGAAUAUCCCCAAGUCUGUUAUUGUUAGCUAUGUUUCAGUGUGAUAGGUUUUAACAGCAUCCCUUAAAACACAUUGUUCUUUCUGUUGGCUGUGGUGGCUUGCAAAAGUAUUGAUACCUCUUGAACUAUUUCACAUUUGGUCACUUGUAACCGCAAACUUCAGUUUGUUUUAGUGGGAUUUUGUGUUAGAAUAACCUAGAAUAUUGCAGAAUUUUUACAUUUUUAGAAGAGUUUUCACAAAUACAAAUUUGAAAUUGUGGCAUGCAUUUUAUUCAGUCUCCAUUAUUCUAACCCCUAAAUAAAAUUCAGUGCAUCCAGUUGCCUUCAGAGAUAACCUAUUAUAAGUGUGAUUUUUCAGAUGUUAUCUAUAGAAAGAUUGUGAAAUAUUUUUUUUCCACUUUGCAAUUAAAUGCUAUUAAAUGCAGUCUAUGUCUCACAUAAAAUCCCAAUUAAACUUUGUGGUUGUAAUGUGACAAUUUGUGGAAAGGUUAAAGGUGUAGGAAUAUUUUUGGCAAGUCUCUACACUUCAUGUCACAUUCUGUGCAAAACUAAUUUGAAAAUUUCAUUAUUUUUUCAUAAUCUCAACAAAAGCUGUAUGUUAUCAAACAUGCUACUGUGGAUAAUUCCCACAUAAAACCUAAUGCAUGGUCAAAAGCACUGUUAAAAGCUCUAUUUCUGAUUUGUACUCUUUCAUUGUUUACAUUUUAUUUGACCUUUUUGUUUAAAGUAAACUGGUUUCUUUCCAAGUACAUUUGCUUUGCUUGGCCAAUCUAAACACUUGUCCCUGUGUGUUCAACAAGUAAAGAGGCUAUGGUUAUAUUUUGAGGGAUGGAUAGAUUUUUGUGUUUACAGUGACUGUAUACAGAGCACUCUUUCUUUUUAAGAUUAUUUAUUGAAAAAUGCUCCAUGAGAUGUUAAAGGCUUGAGAUAUUGUCUUAAAUUUGUUAGCUAUUCUUUAAACGUCUUCCCAAGUCAAUUUCUGGCCUGACUGAUGUGUUCCUUGGUCUUCAUGAUGCUUUUUGUUCACUUAGGUCUUAUAAUCAACCUCAUAUAACAGCUGUAUAUAUUCUGAGAUGAAUGAACACAGGGAUGGACUCCAUUUACUAAUAAGGUUACUUCUGGAUGCAUUUUCUUGGACUGGAAUUUAUUCAGGGGUUUCAAAAUAAAGGGUUCCAAAUAUAAAUGCA